ACGUCACUUCCGCUUUCAGGUUGACAGCAAAACAACAGAAGCAGGAGCGCUAAAAGCAUAAACCGAGGAAACGUUUUGAAAGCAGCAAACGGGAUGGAGGUGCUGACUUCACAGCAGGAGGUGGAGGAGGUGAGCUCAAUUCCUGUUGACUUCAACAACCACCAGAACUGUGAAGACAGAGAACAGGAGGAAGUCUCCCCCUGCCUUCAAGAGGAACACCCACAUGACACAGAUAAGGACCAUCCCAGGCCAGAGGGAGGAGUCAUGUGGAGAAUGGGCGGCGGCCUCUUCAGCAUGACACGAAAUGUUGUCGGUGCCACGCUGGGGGGCGUUGCAUGGGUGGGAACUAAAGGUUUUGAGCUCACCAAGACAGCUGUGACCAGUGUGCCGGCAGCCAGUGCAGGACUGGUCAAAGGGAGCGUCUCCAUGGUUACAGAGGGUGUCGGAGCAGUGGGAUCUGCGGUGGCAAGUAAAGUCACGCCAAGAAAGAAGGACAAAGCUGACUGAUGGACAGUGUGUGUUUGUGUGUGUAUGUGUGUAUGGGGCGUGGAAAGGGUCACAGAGGAUAAGACACACCAACCCUGGUGUGAUUAUUUACUAAAAGUCCUACAUGUGUGUAUUCAUGUGUGUCUGUGCAUAAUAAUUACAACUCAGACAUGUAGACACACACAUGCAUGUGUAUGUAUCAUCAUUAUGCAUGUGCACAUGUACAUGUGUGUGCAGCAGCUGCACAACAUCUAAAAGGGCUGGUUGAAGGUGAGUUGAUCAGCUGGUGUGGUGAUCUUUUAAUACUCUCUCAUCCAGUCACAUCACUGGUGUCAUAGCUCUAAAACAGCUCUGCCAAUCACAGACGUGAUGACGAGUUCAGCAAAUGGAAAGCUUUAACUCAGGGACUGUCCGAAUGGUUUAGAGCGUCAUGACAUCGACACACAUCAGUACAAAUCUAAACCCACUGACUGACUGAGGAUGAUUACUGUAUAAUAACACUAGAAAUAAAAAAACGAAGAAAUUGAUUUGGUGAAACCGUUUAUAUGAUCACAACAGACCAACAAUAUUUAAAAAAUAAUUCUAAUGUAUUUCACCUCAUACAUGGUCACAUAGUUUAGUAAUUAAAGUUACUCAGCAGGGUUUGCACUGCAGUGUGCUUCAGGGAUAAAACAGAUGCUACUUUUGCUUAAAAGAAAGUUUGAAAAGAUUUUAUGAUGAGCCCUGGUAACCCGACAUCUCCUUUAUAAAAAGCAGAAUAUCAGCUUCUAAAUGAUCGGUUUGAUGUGUGUAGAGGUUUCUAUGGUUAUACUGAAACAGCCUGGUGUCAUUUUCAGUGAACGGCUGUGUGUAUCGGCAGUGCGCUCCAGUGCAGUGCUUCUCAGAGGCUGUGGAUCCAUCAACAUAUGGGCCUUCCGAUGUUGCAGAGUUCAUAAACUGAGGGAGAAGUUUGUCAUACAGUAUAAAGCAGCUGUGGACAGCAGAUAAUGUAAGAUUCACAUAGAUCAAUGCAGAGUGAUUUACUGACUUUCCUGCUUUAAUCACAUUAAAUGUUUUUUUCUGUGCUGAUUUUGGUUGGACAGAGUCACAUGCAAGCGCGUGUGCCUGUGCAGUCGCAGGAUGCACACACCUAAACGAACGCCUGUAUGAUAGGAGUCCCGUGUGCGUCUUCAUGGCUGAGUUGUACUUAUCACACAGACGCACAUUCAUGCACAGACAUGGCACUUUUAGUAAAUAAUCAUGUGAGCAUAUGUUUGUGUGUCUCUGCCUCUGUUACACUUUCCACCUCCAUUUUGUGUGUGUGUGUGUGUGUGUGCGUGCGUGCGUGCGUGCGUGCGUGCGUGCGUGCGUGCGUGCGUAUGAGUGUAUUGCAAACGAGCAAAAUACCUCGAAAGCUUUGGAUGGAUUUUUAUCACAGUUCUUCAGAUUGAAGCGGUGUAUUCACUCAUGCAGCUACAAAGAUAGAAAAGCAACUACAUGUCAGUCAUUGUCAGUGGAAAUCUGCUCCACAAGGAGGCACGACUGUCAAUGGUGCAAAGGUGCAACACACAAGCAACAGUGGGGAGUUGGGGAAAGUUUAGUUUUAUAUAAAUGUCCUAUAUGGUGCAUGGGAGCAACACGUCAGGUUGUCACAGAAAACAAACAUGUCCCUGAAAACAGCUGUCCAGUCAGAACAGAAUAUGUAUAUUGUAAAGUGUGCUGAAAUGCAAACAUGUUUGAAAACUACAGAUUGACAACUACACGCUGUCUUUUUAAGAAUACUAAAACUAAAGAUAAUCAAUACUACAUUUUGAAAAAAAUGUGUUUGAGUUUGUUCAGAUGAUAUGUCCCUAAAUUGACUACAGAUAGUUCCAAUGGGAAUAUGGGAGUAAGGUGUUAACUAAUCUGUCAACCAUUACAUUCUAUGUCAUUUUAAUGUCAACAACUGUUCUUGUAACCUUUGGAAAAAAAUGUCCCCCAAAAAGCAAAGAAUGGAGGACGUGAGAUCCUUUUUAAAACAACUAUGAUUUAUACAUGUGCAUCAGCUCUAUGCAGAGCCUAUACGCUGUAGCCUACGCUCGUGGCCUACCCCUUUGUGAGCAUUUAUACUUGUGGUUGGUGUGUCUGUGUCCCAAAACGCAUAAACUUGGCUUAAUAGCUACAGUUUGAAUUACAAGCACACACACACCAGCUUCAACAUAACUCACAGCAUUCACAGACAAAGCACUUGUCUUCUUCUGGAGACAUUUUCCCCACAAAUACAACAUGCUAAUGUUAUUAGCACAAGCCAAUAGCAUUUUACAUGGUAUAAAUUAGCCUAGUGGCUAGCGGAGAGUUACUCUACUCAUAUGAAGCCAGGAUGAAUCACACACAAGACUUAAAAUGCUAUUUUGUGGGGACUUUAUUGUCAUAGUGUAGUGUGUAGGUUCUUUUUUGGGGAGGUGCACAUCAGGCUUCGUCAUAUGUUACAGUCUAGGCUCUGUGUUGACGCAGAGGUAGGUAGCACAUCAGUUUGAUGCAGAGGUAUAAAUCCCGUGUAAGAAACUUUGUCCCUAAUGAGAUUGUUUUUAUUUGAUAAUGAGCCAGAAAUUUCCAUCAUCUUCCACCUGGGACAUGUUCUGCCUUAGCCUAAACCAACACCAUCACACACCCCCAGAUUAUUUGCAAUAGACACAGUGGCUGCUUCAGAUAUGUCUCCUGACAGUACUUUUCUUACAUAUACUGUAAUGUUGUUGUUGUUUUACAAUUGUACUGUAUUUUCAUAUUUAGUGUUGUGAUUAUGUACAUUAAGUUAAUAUUAUUAUUAUUAUUAUUACUUUAUUAUUAUUGUUUUUUCCUUACAGUAUUUUCUCUGAUGUAUGUGUACAUUAGCAAUGCAUGUCUUUACCAUUGUUCUCAGUACCAACGUGUAGGUUAACUGGAGCCCAUUUCACAACAUACAUGAGUUCCUGUUCUUACAUGUGAAUCAAAACUUUGGUAGAAUACCGUUUCUCAAAUGGUACAAUCACAUUGGUAUCAUUGCACAUCCAUUGUACACAUUUGUAAACCACAAUUCUUUGUAAAAUGUAUCAAAAAUUAUAAGAGGAUGUGAACACUG